AUGGCGCAACUUGACACCCUCGAUCUGGUCGUCCUAGUGGCUCUCUUGCUGGGUAGCGUCGCCUACUUCACCAAGGGAACCUACUGGGCUGUCCCCAAAGACCCCUAUGCCUCCUCCGCCACCGCCCUGAAUGGCGCCGCCAAAAGCGGCCAGACUCGCGACAUCGUUCGGAAGAUGGAUGAGACCAAUAAGAACUGUGUGAUUUUCUAUGGCUCGCAGACCGGAACCGCCGAGGACUACGCCUCGCGCCUGGCCAAGGAAGGUUCUCAGCGCUUCGGUCUGAAGACCAUGGUUGCCGAUAUCGAGGACUACGACUACGAGAACCUGGACCAGUUCCCCGAGGACAAAGUGGCCUUCUUCGUGCUGGCCACCUACGGUGAGGGUGAGCCGACCGACAACGCGGUCGACUUCUACCAGUUCUUCACCGGUGACGACGUCGCCUUUGAGGGCGGCGCGGGUGCCGAUGAGGCGCCUCUGUCCUCCCUCAAGUAUGUUGCAUUUGGUCUGGGAAACAACACGUACGAGCACUAUAACGCUAUGGUCCGCGAGGUCGAUGCCGCCCUCACCAAGCUGGGGGCGCAGCGCAUUGGAUCUGCCGGUGAAGGUGACGACGGUGCCGGAACCAUGGAGGAGGACUUCCUGGCCUGGAAGGAACCGAUGUGGGCUGCCCUGAGCGAGGCGAUGGGACUGCAGGAGCGUGAAUCUGUCUACGAGCCGGUCUUUUGUGUCUCCGAGGACGACGAAAAGUCGCCCGAGGAUGAGUCUGUGUACCUGGGAGAGCCCACUUCCGCCCAUCGCGACGGUCAGCCCAAAGGCCCGUACUCCGCCCACAACCCGUACAUUGCCCCGAUUGUCGAAUCCCACGAAUUGUUCACUGUUAAGGACCGUAACUGCCUGCACAUGGAGAUCAGCAUCGCCGGUAGCAACCUGAGCUACCAGACCGGUGACCACAUCGCUGUCUGGCCCACCAACGCCGGUGCCGAGGUCGACCGCUUCCUCCAGGUUUUCAAUCUGGCGGACAAGCGGCACUCGGUCAUCAACAUCAAGGGGAUUGAUGUCACUGCUAAGGUCCCCAUCCCGACUCCCACUACUUACGAUGCCGCCGUUCGCUACUACAUGGAAGUCUGCGCCCCCGUCUCUCGUCAGUUCGUCUCGACGCUGGCUGCUUUCGCCCCCGAUGAGGAGAGCAAGGCCGAGAUUGUGCGCCUGGGUAGUGACAAGGACUACUUCCACGAGAAGAUCUCCAACCACUGCUUCAACAUCGCCCAGGCGCUGCAGAGCAUCACGCCCAAGACCUUCACUGCCGUUCCGUUCUCCCUGCUCGUCGAAGGUCUCAACAAGCUCCAACCUCGCUACUAUUCCAUCUCCUCCUCGUCUCUGGUUCAGAAGGACAAGAUCAGCAUCACCGCUGUCGUCGAGUCCGUUCGCCUGCCUGGCGCCUCGCACAUGGUCAAGGGUGUCACCACCAAUUACCUCCUAGCUCUCAAGCAGAAGCAGAACGGCGAUCCUUCUCCCGACCCUCACGGCCUGACCUACGCGAUUACCGGUCCCCGAAACAAGUACGAUGGUAUCCAUGUUCCCGUCCACGUCCGCCACUCCAACUUCAAGCUCCCCUCCGAUCCGGCAAAGCCCAUCAUCAUGGUUGGCCCCGGUACUGGUGUUGCUCCUUUCCGUGGUUUCAUCCAGGAACGUGCUGCUCUGGCCGCCAAGGGCGAGAAGGUUGGCACUACCUUGCUGUUCUUCGGAUGCCGUAAGCGCGACGAGGAUUUCCUGUACCAGGAAGAGUUCCAGACCUACCAGGAGCAGAUGGGUGACUCUCUGAAGAUCAUCACCGCCUUUUCCCGUGAGGGUUCCGAGAAGGUCUAUGUCCAGCACCGUCUAAAGGAGAACGCCGAGCUUGUCAGCGAGCUGCUCAAGCAGAAGGCUAACUUCUACGUGUGCGGUGAUGCCGCCAACAUGGCCCGCGAGGUCAACCUGGUGCUGGGUCAUAUCAUCGCUCAGCAGCGUGGUAUGCCUUCCGAGAAGGGUGAAGAGAUGGUCAAGCACAUGCGGAGUAGCGGCAGCUACCAGGAGGAUGUGUGGUCAUGA